AUGCAGACCCUGAAUUUGGACACAGCCUAUGAAACCCUCAGUGCUGUGAGAGGAUAUUCAGGAGGAAAUGUGAUUAUAAACUACAAAUAUAAGACGCUAGAAGAGAAUCCUUUGAUAGAUGUGUGUAAAACUGGAGCAGAUCGAUGUUUUACUCUAAUAAACACUGACAGAGCAGCAGAAUGGACACAUGACGGCCGAUUCUCUGUUCAUGAUGACAGAUCUGCUCGUCUCUUACGUCUGUUUAUCAGAGAACUGAAUGAGAACGAUUCUGGAGAAUAUAAGAUUACUGUCAAAGUUUCUGAAGACUACAGUUUCUUCUCUGAGUUUCAUCUGGACAUCAGAGACGCUGAUUGUUGUCAGAAGAGCAUCAGUCUCUCCGCUGCUGCAGGAGCAUCUGUGAACAUCAGCUGCAGAUACCCACAAUCCCACAGGGCUGAUGUGAAGUUUGUCUGCAGGAGAUCUGGAUCUGAUCUCUGUGCUGAAGAGACGUCUGUGAAGGAGAGCAGAAGAUGGAGCGCUGAGGGACAGAUGCAGCUGUAUGAUGACAGAGAGCAGCAGCUCCUGACGGGAAUCAUCAGUCAUGUGACUCAACAACAUUCAGCUGAAUACUGGUGUGGAGUUCAGUCAGAUGGAGGACACAAGAGCUUCAUCACACGAGUCCUCAUCAGCGUUACUGGUACAGAUGACUUUCACACUCACAAUAAUCAACUGUUUCCUCCAGAUGAGUCUCUACACUGUCAGAAAUAG